AUAAUUCAUAACAAAGCAAACGAGUAUAUAAGAAAGCAUAAGCCAAAUUUUGAGUAAACUAGUGUGCACACUAUCCCAUGCCUAGUGGAAGUAGGGAUCCUCUCGUUGUUGGGGGAGUAAUUGGGGAUGUAUUGGAUCCUUUUGAAUAUUCUAUUCCUAUGAGGGUUACCUACAAUAACAGAGAUGUCAGCAAUGGAUGUGAAUUCAAACCCUCACAAGUUGUCAACCAACCAAGGGUAAAUAUCGGUGGUGAUGACCUCAGGAACUUCUAUACUUUGAUUGCGGUUGAUCCCGAUGCACCUAGCCCAAGUGACCCCAAUUUGAGAGAAUACCUCCAUUGGUUGGUGACUGAUAUCCCAGCAACAACAGGGGCUAGUUUCGGCCAUGAGGUUGUAACAUAUGAAAGUCCAAGACCAAUGAUGGGGAUUCAUCGUUUGGUGUUUGUGUUAUUUCGUCAACUGGGUAGGGAGACCGUGUAUGCACCAGGAUGGCGCCAGAAUUUCAACACUAAAGAAUUUGCUGAACUUUACAACCUUGGAUUGCCAGUUGCUGCUGUCUAUUUCAACAUUCAGAGGGAAUCUGGUUCUGGUGGAAGGAGGUUAUACUAAGAAAAAGUACUUUAUAUUAUUGAAAAAAUAAAGUAGUAUAAGCUUCGUUGAGGGUUUCAGAAAUAUUAAUUGGCAAUCUCCCACACUCUUUAGUAGUAAAUGAGUGUUUUUCAACUUAAUUAAACUGAGCAUACAGUGAAAUAAAUUGCUAGCUCAGUUGGUAGCAGCAAGUACUCUGCAUAUACACAUAAAUGAAACUGAAGCAUCUAGGUUCAUUUUUCUUAUUUGUAUUAUCAGUUGAAGAAUGUUAAAGAUAUCUGAUAUACGUAAAGUGGAAAAUAUAACUCGAGCAUAAGUUAAAGUGAUGGAGUAUUUAUACUUUU